GCCGCCGUGCUCCGGGAGGCGGCCGAGGAUGGCGGCGGCGUCGCCGUCGCGGGAGCUCACGCAGAACCCGCUGCAGAAGACGUGGGAGCCGUACGACAACGGGCUGCCGGCGGGGCACAGCGCCCAGCGCGGCGUAUGUAUGACCAACUGCCCUACUCUGAUUGUCAUGGUGGGUCUGCCAGCAAGAGGAAAAACCUACAUCUCGAAGAAGCUGACACGAUAUUUAAAUUGGAUUGGAGUGCCUACAAAAGAAUUUAAUGUCGGUCAGUAUCGUCGAGAUUUGGUGAAGAAAUAUAAAUCUUUUGAAUUCUUCCUGCCUGACAAUGAAGAAGGCUUGAAAAUCAGGAAACAGUGUGCCUUAGCAGCGCUGAAUGACGUCCGACAGUACCUCAGUGAAGAAAACGGGCACGUGGCUGUCUUUGAUGCUACAAAUACAACUCGAGAACGUAGAGAAACUAUUUACAAAUUUGGAGAAGAAAAUGGGUAUAAGACUUUUUUUGUUGAGUCAGUAUGCGUAGAUCCAGAGGUCAUUGCUGCAAACAUUGUGCAAGUGAAGCUGGGUAGUCCAGAUUAUGUCGAUUGUAGUAACGAUGAAGCAACUGAAGAUUUCAUGAAAAGAAUAGAAUGCUACAAGAACUCGUAUGAGACGUUAGAUGAAAAUCUUGACAAGGAUCUUUCUUAUAUUAAAAUUAUGGAUGUUGGAAGGAGUUACCUUGUGAACAGAGUGAUGGAUCACAUCCAGAGCCGGAUUGUCUACUACCUCAUGAAUAUCCAUGUGACUCCUCGGUCAAUCUACCUCUGUCGACAUGGAGAAAGUGAACUCAAUCUGAAAGGGAGAAUAGGAGGAGAUCCUGGACUGUCUGUCAGGGGUAAAGAAUUUGCCAAGAGCUUGGCACAGUUUAUUAAUGAGCAAAAUAUCAAGGAUCUGAAAGUUUGGACCAGUCAGAUGAAAAGGACAAUUCAGACUGCUGAAGCUUUGGGAGUGCCUUAUGAACAGUGGAAGGUUUUGAAUGAGAUAGAUGCAGGAGUGUGUGAAGAAAUGACAUAUGAAGAAAUACAGGAAAAUUACCCACUUGAGUUUGCACUGAGAGACCAAGACAAAUACAGAUACAGAUACCCUAAAGGAGAGUCCUAUGAAGAUCUUGUUCAGAGGCUGGAGCCAGUAAUUAUGGAACUUGAAAGGCAGGAAAAUGUGCUUGUCAUAUGUCACCAAGCUGUCAUGCGCUGUUUGCUUGCAUAUUUUCUUGACAAGCCUGCAGAGCAACUGCCUUACCUGAAGUGCCCACUACAUACUGUCUUAAAGCUAACCCCAGUGGCUUAUGGAUGUAAAGUAGAAUCUAUAUUCCUGAAUGUUGAAGCUGUAAACACACACAGAGAUAAACCUGAGAAUGUAGACAUUUCCAGACCUCCUGAGGAAGCUCUUGUAACAGUCCCUGCUCAUCAGUGAAUCCUGUGUCCUGAUCAACUAUCGAACUUGGGAAUGUAGGCGUGGACCGAUCGAGAGAAGAAGCUCUGAGGACAGUACCUAACCAUCUAUAGCUGCAGUUCCUGGUGGCAGCAGCCCUUCCUCCACCGCGACAGCGUUAAGUAGCAGCUCGGGUCCCUGAGAAUGGAGACAGCGUGCUGAACGCUGAGCAAGUUGGAACAAAUGCGCCUCCCCUUCACUUUAAGACAUUUCGAAUGUGAUUCAGCUUCUUUGGAGGAAACCUGUAGUUCUGGUUAACUCCCAGUGCCGAAAGGUAUUGGUAAAAAAAAAGAUUCAUAGAAGCAGAGUAAUGUUGGUUUUAGGUUUUCAUAUGUAAAUUUGUGCAGUUUCAGUAGCUUUUAUUGUUCAUCUGUGGAAUACUGCAAGAUGGCUAAUUGCCCGUGUCAGGUUUACUGUCAGAUUUUAACUAGAUUUUACUUUCUUUUAGUGUUUUUGUAAGAGUUCCUCUUAUUUUUACUGUGAAUGGUUGCCUAGAAUUACACAAAGAUUUUUUUUGAUGGCGUAUUUAACACGUGAAAUUCUGCAUUUUGAGCAUUGGAGGAUUCACGUUGCAAAACUACUUUAAAUUGGAAAGCUCAUCAGUCACGUUAGCUUCUGUCUCUUAUAGUGAUUUUUGGUUUACCAACCUCAACUUAAAUUUGUAUGGGAUGGGGAGACUUACCCCUUGGAAAUAACACCAUUAAAAGUAGACUUGCUAUCUGAAAGAUUCUGCGGUUCUAGCAAGAUUUUAAUGUUUUCUAGGAGCCAGAUGUAUUUAGAUCACAGUGGAGGACACGGUAUUAAGUAAUGGCUGUGGGAUACAAGUGUGAGUAUAAGACAGCAGCCUCGGGUAAUGAAACUAGAUAGAGAAAUGCCCCUUCUGCUGUGGCCACAGGAGGGGAUGAGCAGCUUUCUGAGACUGGGAGGUAGGGAAGAAGGAUUCAGACUGUCAAAGGCUGGAGAAGCUGCUUUUCUUACUAGUGCUGUGAUUUUUUUGGCAGUUUUUGGAGUGAAUUUCAACAUGUAUGAUUCUCUUUAUAGCCACAUCUAACAUGUAUAUCAGGAAACAGUACAGAAAGGUUAGGUGGCAUUUAACCUUUCUUACAGCUCAUGCAAGAAAAACAGUUGGUAAAUUCUGGAAUUGUUUUUUAACAAGAUGCACCUACAUUUUUUUUAUUGUUUUUAAGCAACCUUCCACUAUUUAAAAUCUUUGCUGCUCUUUUAUAUUUCUUUGUGAAACUCCAGUGCUAAAAAUGGAAUUUUGUAUGUCUGUUGAGGCUACAGCCCUCUGACUGUACUAAAUCAGUGUAUUUUGUAUGUGUUUCCAGACAACUGAAGUGAGCUGCCAACACUGUUGCUGGCUCUUAGUUCUUGAAGUGAGAACUAUCUUUUUGUAGAUAGACCGUGCUUUUUUUUUGAUUUAGGGACUUUUCUUCAAUUGAUUGAACUUUUACCAUGUACAUUGUUGAUUUUUUUAAAGAAACUUUUUUGUUUGUUUGCUCAAUUCCUGUGUGAAAUAAUGGGCCCUCGUAGUUUUGCAGGGAAGGGCUACAUUGUCUUCUGUUUGUGCAGGGUUUAUAAGAUAACAUGCUGCUGUUGUGAUUUGUUUUAAUAAGCUAAUUUCAGCAAUAUGUUCAGCUCUGGAAGUAAGCCAUAUCACAUCGCUGGGUUUCAUUUCAGAAGAGGAAUGGGUAGGGCGUGAAAUGACCAGAAACGCUUGCUUCAAGUGCUGCUGUCUAGAGCUUUGUGUGUGUGAUCCAUUAGUUCAGUAACGCGCAUUUCAGAUCUUUAUUAAUUCAGCUGUGUUCAUAGCUCUUAUCUGAGGAGAGAGACCACACAGCGCUACUCAGAGUAGUUAAUUUAUUGAUGCAUAGUAAACAAGGCCACCUUUGUGGCAAAAGUGUAGGAAUAACAUCCCCCCCUCCGAUACCGUGCGUGCUUCGUGUGGGAAGCGGGGCAGUGCUCCAGGCAGCCCUCGCUCCUCCAGAGCUCUGCCAUCCAGCCAUGAGCAGGAGUUGUUUGACAACUUUUAAAUUGAAAGAGUCAGGGUUUAUUCUGAGUUACAGGCGGCAGAUCCUGGGAUACUACAUCAGAAAAGCAGGGUUUUACUAUCAGGGUGUGGUACUUGAACCUGGUUGAAGAAAUGUGGAAGGAAAGGUUUCCCCUAGUGAGAGGUGAGCCAAAAGGCCGCUCUUCUGCAUUGGCAAGCACAGCUGGAGGUGUCUCCCCUUUCUCCUUUUCUUUGUUUUACCUCUAAACUUUCAGAGGUGCUGUAAAAUUCCCUGAGGCUAAAUGUUUUAUGUAUAGUAGGUAUUUUUAUAGCCUGCUUUUAAAUAUACUGUGAUGAAUGUUUUACUAAGUGGGUGUUCAGUAAAAAGAGUUGUAUACAAGUGUAAAUAAACUGUUAUGCUGAUACUUGAAGAGAAAAAAAUAUGAAGUUGUCUGUUCUACUUUAGGAAGGUACUUAAACCAUUGACUGCAUCCAACCCUUUCUAGCUGGUAAGAGCAAAUGUAGACAAUGAAUGUAAAUGUGAAGCAGUUCUCCCCAAUGCCUAACUACCUUUCUGGGGAGACACUGUUAAGAAUGGCAGAUCAUCGUCCCUGUCUAAAAGCUGCGUACGUCCUCCCCUCGUGUUCCUGACCAUGCAAUACUGACCGAUCUGUCACUGAUAGGGGAGGUAAAAAUCCUUGUCCUGGCCUUGCAUAUUUAUACCCAUGUGUAUUUUACUACCUUUUGACUGUUAGUACACUUGCUAGCUCAGAUGCAGUCUUUAGAAUGGGGUUAAACUAUCUUUUCUUACAUCAUUGGCCUUCGUUGUAAUCUUUCAGACAAAUGUAAUCAUUUGACGUUUGAUCCAAGUAAUAAAGAUCAAAUGCUACACCUUG